GGGAGAGAUGGAGAGAGGCGUUGCUUCCAUUGAAACGCAGAGAACCCAAAACCCUGGACCCAGUGAAGAGAAGCCGAAGGUGGUGGUGAUAAUGGGACCCACAGGCUCAGGGAAGUCCAAGCUGGCCAUUGAUUUGGCAUCCCACUUCCCCAUUGAGGUCAUCAACGCUGAUUCCAUGCAGGUCUACAAUGGUCUGGAUGUUCUCACCAACAAGGUUCCACUGCAUGAACAAAAAGGAGUGCCUCAUCAUCUUCUUGGGACUGUAAGCCCAAACAUGGAGUUCACAGCUAAAGAUUUCAGGGACUUUUCCAUUCCUCUCAUCGAUGACAUCUUGUCUCGCAACUGCUUGCCAGUCAUAGUUGGGGGCACAAAUUACUAUAUCCAGGCUCUUGUUAGUCCAUUCCUUCUAGAUGACACAGUAGAAGAUAUGGAUGAAAGCUAUAUAGGUGAUCAACCAGAAGAUGGACAACCACAGGCUGGCCUGGUUGCUGAAGUAGACAGUUCCAGUUAUAAUUAUGACCAUCUUAAAGGCAUUGAUCCAAUUGCAGCAAACAGAAUCCAUCCAAAUAACCAUAGAAAAAUUAGUCAGUACCUUAGUCUGUAUGCUCAUCAUGGUGUUCUCCCUAGCCAACUUCUUCAGGGAAAGGCUGCUGAAAACUGGGGUCGAGUUGAUAAUUUCAGAUACAAUUGCCGUUUUAUAUGCGUGGAUGCUUCUCUCCCUGUGCUGGACCAAUUUGUGGAACAAAGAGUAGAUUGCAUGAUUGAUGCUGGUUUGCUUAAUGAAGUCUAUGAAAUUUUCACUCGGAAUGCAGAUUAUACUCGAGGUCUGCGGCAGGCCAUUGGGGUUCGGGAGUUUGAAAUUUUUUUGAGAGCUUACAUUACUGAAGCCAAUGAUGAAGCACAUAAUUUGAUAGAUGAGUCGAUGUCCUUGACGUCAGUAGACCUGCCUGAUAAGAUACUGAAGGAGAACAUGAGGGUAAUCCUUAAGUCCAUCAGUGACAGCCAACCCAAAAUUGCGCUAAACGAAGCUAUUGAUAAAAUGAAAAUGAACACCCGAAGACUAGUUCGUCGUCAGAAACGAAGGAUAAACCGACUGGAGGCAUUGUUUGGAUGGAACAUACAUUUCCUUGAUGCAACGAAAUUCAUAUUAUGCAAAUCAGAUGAUACAUGGGCUGCAGAAGUGGUUGGACCUGCAGUGGAAAUGAUUAGAUCUUUCCUUAAUUGGGAUGCGAGUUUGGUGCCUGAUUUGGAUACCUCAAACAGCAGUGGGAUGAAUGUGAUUCAGAGGGACUUAUGGACUCAGUAUACAUGCAAGGCUUGUGGUGACAAGAUCCUCAGGGGAGCGCACGAGUGGGAACAACACAAGCAGGGUCGUGGCCAUCGCAAACGAAUGUCUCGGCUAAAAAAGUCUCAAGGAUUUUUCUCAAUGGAGCAGCAGCGGCUGCCUCAACAUAGAGGCAGUAGUUAGAGAUCUCCAGUUUUCAUUCUAGUAUAACCCUGUUUUUUGACAUUUUAAGGACUAUAAAGAAAAAAGAAGGCGUAUAUUUUAGCUGAGAUGUAAUGGUUUGUAAUUCGCUCUACUGUGCCAGUGCAACAUUAGAAACUGUCAAUGCAAUGUAAUGGUUUGUAUUUCCA